GCGUUGUUGAGGGAACGGAUGAGAGCUGGAGGAGAGAACAGGUGAAGCGGCCCCGAGUCCGCGCUCAGGCCCGGGGAGUAGUACCCCAGUGAGGAAGAGAGAGAGGUUUGUGACCUUUCUUCCCUGCCAGGGCUCCGCUUUCUUUGCUCGCAGACCAGUCGGCGCUGCUUCGGUUUUCCUCAGAGCAGGAAUCUGAAGUAAAAACAAGAAAGCAUGACGUCUUCAAUAUGGUCUGAAUAUACAAUUGGUGGAGUGAAGAUUAAUUUUCCUUGUAAAGCUUAUCCAUCACAGCUUGCUAUGAUGAAUUCUAUUGUCAGAGGAUUAAAUAGUAAGCAACAUUGUUUGUUGGAGAGCCCUACAGGAAGUGGGAAAAGCUUAGCCUUACUUUGUUCUGCUUUAGCAUGGCAACAAUCUCUUAGUGGGAAGCCAGUGGAUGAAAGCUUAAGUAAAAAAGCUGAAGUACCAUUGUCAUGUUGUUGUACAUGCCAUUCAGAGAAUCUUACAAACAAUGACGUGAACCAAGUGACUUCACAUCAUUUCAACAGUCCAAGUACACCACCUUCUAAAAGAAAUGGCACUUCAUUAACUUGUCAAGACUCUCCUGAAAAAACUACGCUGGCUGCAAAGCUAUCUGCCAAGAAACAGGCAUCCAUAUUCGUAGAUGAAAAUGACGAUUUUCAAGUAGAGAAGAAAAGAAUUCGACCCUUAGAAACUACACAGCAGAUUAGAAAACGUCAUUGUUUUGAAAAGGAGGUACACCAUUUGGAUACAAAAGUUGCUGCAGGAAAGACCAUAGAACUCAACUCUCCAUUAGGAAAGAUAAACUCCUUUUCUCCACAGAAUCCUCCUGGUCACUGUUCUAGGUGCUGUUGUUCUACCAAACAAGGAAACAGUCAAGAUUCUUCGAAUACCAUUAAGAAGGAUCAUGGGGGGAAAUCCAAGACACCCAAAAUAUAUUUUGGGACACGCACCCACAAGCAGAUUGCUCAGAUUACUAGAGAACUCCGGAAGACAGCAUACUCAGGGGUCCCGAUGACUAUUCUUUCCAGCAGGGAUCAUACUUGUGUCCAUCCUGAAGUAGUUGGUAACUUCAACAGAAAUGAAAAGUGCAUGGAAUUGCUGGAUGGAAAAAAUGGCAAAUCCUGCUAUUUUUUUCAUGGUGUUCAUAAAAUUAGUGAUCAACACACAUUACAGACUCUCCAAGGGAUGUGCAAAGCCUGGGAUAUAGAAGAACUCAUCAGCUUGGGGAAGAAACUAAAGGCAUGUCCAUAUUACACAGCACGAGAACUAAUAGAGGAUGCUGAUAUAAUAUUUUGUCCCUACAACUAUCUUCUGGAUGCGCAAAUAAGGGAAAGUAUGGAUAUCAAUCUGAAAGAACAGGUUGUCAUUUUAGAUGAAGCUCAUAACAUUGAGGACUGUGCUCGAGAAUCAGCAAGUUACAGUAUAACAGAAGUUCAGCUUUGGUUUGCUCGAGACGAACUAGAUAGUAUGGUCAACAAUAAUAUAAGAAGGAAAGACCAUGAACCCCUGCGAGCUGUGUGCUAUAGCCUCAUUAAUUGGUUAGAAGCAAACUCUAAACAUCUUGUGGAGAGAGAUUAUGAAUCAUCCUGUAAAAUAUGGAGUGGAAGUGAAAUGCUCUUAAAUUUACACAAAAUGGGCAUCACCACUGCUACUUUUCCCAUUUUGCAGGGACAUUUUUCUGCUGUCCUUCAAAAAGAAGAAAAAGUUUUACCAAUUCAUGGUAAAGAAGAGACAAGAGAAGUACCUGUUAUUAGUGCUUCAACUCAAAUAAUGCUCAAAGGACUUUUUAUGGUGCUUGACUAUCUUUUUAGGCAAAAUAGUAGGUUUGCAGAUGAUUAUAAAGUUGCUAUUCAACAGACUUACUCUUGGAUAAAUCAGGCUGAUACUUCAGAUAAAAAUGGAUUCUUUGCUCUACCAAAAAAUAAGAAACGUUUACGACAGAAAACUGCAGUUCGUGUGCUGAACUUUUGGUGCUUAAAUCCAGCUGUGGCCUUUUCAGAUAUUAAUGGCAAAGUUUGGACGAUUGUUUUAACAUCUGGGACACUAUCACCAAUGAAAUCCUUCUCAUCAGAACUUGGUGUUACAUUCACUAUCCAACUGGAGGCUAAUCAUGUCAUUGAUAACUCACAGGUUUGGGUUGGCACUAUUGGGUCGGGCCCCAGUGGUCGGAAUCUUUGUGCUACCUUCCAGCACACGGAAACAUUUGAGUUCCAGGAUGAAGUGGGAACACUUUUGUUAUCUGUGUGCCAGACUGUGAGCCAAGGAAUUUUGUGUUUCUUGCCAUCUUACAAGUUAUUAGAAAAAUUAAAAGAACGUUGGCUCUACACUGGAUUAUGGCACAAUCUGGAAUUGGUGAAGACAGUCAUUGUAGAACCACAGGGAGGAGAAAAAACUGAUUUUGAUGAAUUACUACAGGUGUAUUAUGAUGCAAUCAAGUAUAAAGGAGAGAAAGAUGGAGCCCUCCUGGUAGCAGUUUGUCGUGGUAAAGUGAGUGAGGGUCUGGAUUUCUCAGAUGACAAUGCUCGUGCUGUCAUAACAAUAGGAAUUCCUUUUCCAAAUGUGAAAGAUCUACAGGUUGAACUAAAGCGACAGUAUAAUGACCAGCAUUCGAAAUUGAGAGGUCUUUUACCUGGUCGUCAGUGGUAUGAAAUUCAAGCAUACAGGGCCUUAAACCAGGCCCUAGGUAGGUGUAUUCGACACAAAAAUGAUUGGGGAGCUCUUAUUCUAGUGGAUGAUCGCUUCAGGAGUAACCCAAGUAGAUAUAUAUCUGGACUUUCUAAAUGGGUACGGCAGCAGAUUCAGCACCAUUCAACCUUUGAAAGUGCACUGGAGUCCUUGACUGAAUUUUCCAAAACGCACCAAAAGGUCAUUGCUGUAUCCAAAGAGGACAAAAAGUCUAUACAGGACAGUGGGUCUACACUUGAAGUAGUCUGUUUGAAGGACAAUAGCUCAACUUAUUUAUUAGAAGCAGCAAGCCACCUAUCACCAGAAGAUCCUAGGGAAGAUAAAGCAAAAAUGUGUGUCCAAGAACUACAGUGUCCUGAAAUGAUAACUAAAAGUCCAUCUCUACCAAGUGGCAUCAUCUCCAGAAAUGAGAGAAAUGAUCCAGUAUUAUUGGAAGAGUCUGCCCAGGCAAUGAAAACAGAAAAAGUUGCGAUUUCCAGAUCCACAAGUCCAACCUUCAACAAACAAACGAAGAGAGUUAACUGGUCUAGCUUUAAUUCUUUGGGACGGUAUCUUACUGGUAAAAUUCUGACUGUAACACCUAAGUUUGGGUCAUCAGAGGACUGUGCCUCUAGUUCUUCUACUUUCAAAACAGAAAAGCAAUAUAAAACUGUUUUGCCACUCACUGAUAAGUAUGAGUCCUCAUCUCUGACAGUAAACACAUCAUUUGGACCAUGCCCUCAGUCAGAAACCACCCUUCCAUCAAUAAAGACUGAUGCUACUCUUCCUAAAAAAAAUUGUUCCAAACAGCUGCUCUGCUGUGAAGAAGCCCUGGAUCCGGACAUUGAAUUGUCUCUAGUAAGUGAAGAAGCUGAAAUUUCCACUUCAAAUAGAGCUUUUGAAACAGAAGCAGAAGAUGAAUCUAUCUAUUUUACACCUGAACUUUAUGAUUCCGUAGACAUAAAUGGAAAAAAUGAACUAGUUGGAACUGAUAGAGAAAGUAGAUUGACUAAUAAUUCACAUUGCAUUUUAGCUAAAGAUCUCUUUAAAAUUAGAACUAUGAAAGGAGUCGAUUCAGUCAGAGAAAUGAAAGCUGAGGAUUGUACAGGCACAAAGUUGAAUAGACACAUGCAUAUUAAAGAAAUUGAUGACAUUGGUGGUAAUGUAAAAACAACUCGUAUAAAUGAGUUGGAACUGGGAAAAACUCAUGAAACAGAUAUAAAGAACUUUAAACAGUUGCCUUCUAAAAAUAAAGGUGUAUUCCCUGGUGUUAGGUAAUACUUAACUGUCAAGCUAUAAAAAUAUGCCAUCAUGCUUAUAUUAAACUCUAUUGUAAAUGAUAAUUUAUACAUUGGGUAAAUGGUAUAGUUUUUUUCUUGAGAUAUAUUUUCACUUUAAUUCAUUAUCAUUAGAGUUCUUUAAAAGUCUAUCUUUUGUUCAGAAGUGUAAGUUUUACUAUUCUCGAGUUUUGAUAAAGUGAUUCAUACAAAAUAGUUUCCUCCAACAAGUCUUCCUUAGUUAAAUGCAAUUUAAAAUUAAUCAAUCUGAAAGAUAUAGUUUCCUAUGACACUUUAAAUUUCACAUAAAUAUUUGUAUUUUGUAGUCCUCUUCAUCUAUUUCUUUUCAUACUGAUACAUAAAUAUUAAUAGCAAUCUAAUCUAGUCACACCUCGUCAUGUUUCA